AGAAGAAAGGCCUGCCUCCUAGGCAGCCCUGUGGUUCUUAAAGGCUCAUCGACGAGGAAGCGGCAGAAGGGGAAGGAAGGAAGGAGGCAGCAGAAGCGCCAUGGCUUCGCUCUGGCACGUUUCUGUUGUUGUUUUUGUUGUCCUGGUACUGCUUGGAAGAUCUGAUGCCAAUCCAGCUUCCCCUCACCGUAGUCAGCUUGAUGUGAACCACAAGAAGCCGCUACAGACAUUCAGACCUUUCAACAUUGCCCACAGGGGUUCCAAUGGCGAAAUUCCUGAAGAGACUGCGGCAGCCUAUUUGAGGGCUAUCGAGGAAGGUGCAGACUUCAUAGAGACUGAUAUACUUGCGUCAAAGGAUGGGCAUCUGAUAUGCUUUCAUGAUGUAACCCUCGAUGCCACGACUGACAUCGCUGACCGUGCAGAGUUUGCUGGCAGGAAGAGAACCUAUGAAGUUGAGAGAGCAAAUGUGACCGGAUGGUUUGUUGUGGAUUUUACUCUAAGCGAACUGAAAUCACUGAGGGUGAAGCAACGCUACACAUUCAGGGAUCAACAGUACAAUUGGAAGUACAAGAUCAUUACAUUCGAUGAGUUUAUCCAGAUUGCACUUUAUGCUGAGAGGGUAGUUGGAAUAUACCCAGAGAUCAAAAGUCCUAUUUUCAUUAACCAAUAUGUAAAGUGGUCUGGUGGCAAAAAGUUUGAGGACAAGUUCGUGGAGACACUUCUAAAGUAUGGCUACAAAGGCGAAUACAUGUCUGAAGAUUGGCUCAAGAAGCCAUUAUUCAUCCAAUCCUUUGCUCCAACUUCACUCAUUUACAUCUCAAACAUGACAAACUCUCCAAAACUGCUUCUAAUAGAUGACACCACAGCUCGGACUCAAGAUACCAACCAGUCAUACUCUGAGAUAACUUCGAAUGGUUAUCUCACGUUCAUAAGGAAGUAUGUAAUUGGGAUUGGUCCAUGGAAGGAUACAGUUAUUUCUUCCACAGUAAAUAACCAUUUAGGACAUCUGACUGAUCUUGUGGCACGAGCACAUGCUCUGAAUCUUCAGGUUCAUCCAUACACAUUCCGAAACGAGAACUUAUUCUUGCACUUCAACUUCCACCAAGACCCUUAUGCUGAAUAUGAGUAUUGGCUCAGCGUAAUUGGCGUUGAUGGCCUGUUCACCGAUUUCACCGGAAGUCUUCACAGGUAUCAGCAGUGGACAGCUCCGCACCAAAUGAAAGGAAAGACUGCCCAGGCACUCCUCCAUGAGAUCUCCAACAUGCUAAAGGAUGAUGGAUACUAAUCUUAGGUUGGCAAUCCUGUAUACAGCUCCCUUUUGAGAUUGGUGUCAUUGUUUCAUCCACCAAGAAAAAAUAUUGGUGCUAUAACCACCGAGAAGAAGGAAGUACAUGAGAAAUAGCCUCAUGUACUUCCUUUUUUGUAAAGUCAACACUUGAAACACUAUUUUCUUCUUACAACAAUUUCGGUAUAUCAUCAAUAUGAUUCUCGUUCAAAGAGAAA